AUGAGCGACUCAGAAUCAAGCCAAAAUGCUACUGAAUCAUCCAGAUCAACGGCAACAUCAAAUAUAUGUCAACCACGACAACGUAUGGCACAAAACUACCUUCUCCUGUGGAUAGAUACCAGCAUCAAUCAAACAAACGAAGGUUAUGAAAAUACAUUAAAACAAAUACGAACUAUUACUGGUGAUGUCAAUGUCUUUACUCAACGAGAUGCAUGUAUCGACUUUCUUACAGAUGCUCAAGAAGACAUCAAAUUUUUUCUCGUUGUCAAGGAUGCUAUGUUUCGACAAAUAAUGCCCCUCAUCGAUGACAUUCCUCAGCUGGAUGGUGUCUAUAUCUUCAAUGAUAUUGAAACCCUACAUGAUGAAUGGACAAAAGAAUGGCAAAAAAUCAAGAGCGUUCGUACCAACAUUGGCGAUCUAUGCCAAGCAUUACGAAUCGGUAUCAAGCAGUUCAAUCAAGAUUCAAUAGCUAUGAGUUUUAUCACAGAAAAGGAAAUGGCGUCGACGAAUAAUUUGAAUCAAUUGGAGCCAACUUUUAUGUAUACCCAACUGUUCAAGGAAAUUCUCCUUGAUAUGGAACAUAAUAAACAGUCUAUCAAAGACUUUAUUGCUUACUGUCGAGAUCAUGACUGCGUGUCACCAAAAUAUAUUGACCGUUUUGAAAAAGAAUAUAGUUCCCAAUUAGCUAUUUGGUGGUAUACUUUCCCAUCCAAUAUCUAUUCAAUGCUCAAUUAUGCUCUUCGCUCUAUGGAAGGCGAUACUAUAAUUAAUAUGGGUUUUUUCAUUCAUGACCUUCACCAACAAAUACAACAGCUACACCAACAGCAGGUUAAUAGCUAUCACGGAAAACCAUUCAUAGUUUACCGGGGGCAAGGUCUAUCCAAAGCAAGUUUCAAAAAAUUGCAAAAAACAAAAGGUGGUUUAAUGUCUUUCAAUAAUUUUUUGUCUACUAGUACGGAACAGGACAUAGCUCUUGGACUUGCUUAUAGUUCGUCAGAAAACACAGACACGGUAGGUAUUCUUUUUAAGAUGUUGAUUGAUCCUUGUAUAAAAUCAGCAUCAUUUGCCUCCAUCAACGAAGUGAGUUAUUAUAACGAAGAACAAGAAAUUCUCUUCUCUAUGCACACUGUUUUUCGAGUGAGUGAAAUUAUACAACUGAAUAAUAAGAAUGCACUUUAUCAAGUUGAAUUACAAUUAACAUCGGAUGAUGACCAACAACUACGCGUGCUUACAGAUCAGAUACGAGAAAAAGCUGUUGGUACUGGAUGGCAAAGAUUGGGUGACUUAUUGCUUAAAAUUGGUCAAUUUAAUAAAGCUGAAGAACUUUACAACAUAUUAUUCGAACAAACAUUGGAUGAGUGUGAAAAGGGGCAAUAUUAUAUUAUUUUAGGAUAUAUUCAUUCAAAUCAAGGUGCUUAUAAAAAGGCUAUUUGGCAUUACGAACAUGGACUUGAAACUCUAGAAAAAACUCUUCCUUCAAAUCAUCCUUCAUUGGCUAUUCCAUACAACAACAUCGGUAGCGUCUAUAGUAAGAUGGGGGAGUACUCGAAAGCCCUUUCAUGUUUCGGAAAAGCACUUGAAAUUCGAGAAAAAACUCUUCCUUCAAAUCAUCCUUCAUUGGCUGGUUCAUACAACAACAUCGGUAAUGUCCAUGAUAGCAUGGGAGAGUACUCGACAGCACUUUCAUUUUACGAAAAAGCACUUGAAAUCUAUCAAAAAACUCUUCCUUCAAAUCAUCCUCAUUUGGCUACUUCCUACGGCAACAUCGGUAGUGUCUAUGAGAAGAUGGGAGAGUACUCGAGAGCACUUUCAUCUCACGAAAAAGCACUUGACAUUCGAGAAAAAACUCUUCCUUCAAAUCAUCCUCAUUUGGCUACUUCAUACAGCAACAUCGGUAGUGUGUAUAACAGUAUGGCAGAGUACCCGAAAGCACUUUCAUAUCACGAAAAAGCACUUGAAAUUGGACAAAAAGCUCUUCCUUCAUAUCAUCCUCAUUUGGCUACUUCAUACAGCAACAUGGGUAGUGUGUAUAACAG